AUGGCAUGUUUAAAGUGUUCAAUGAGUGCGCGACGCUUGAUUUUAGAAGAAGAAUUAAAGCUGUACAUGAAGGGAAGGGAAUUACUGCCUUCUAGCCAGGUAUCAAGGAUGAUGAAGCAGCAUUGGAAAGUCAUGGAGUUUGGCGGCAUGUCAGAGAACGAGGAAGAAUGGCUAAAUGGUACAGAUAUUGCUCUCAAUGCAGAAGAAUACUUGAUGCCACCAGAAGAGUUCUUUUCUGACUAUGAAUCUGAGGAGGAUUACUGAAGCAACUACGAUGACCAUGAUGAUUAUGAUGAAGAAGAUGAAGAUGAAAUAUGAGGAAGAUUUGUAUCCUGGGCUUGGAACCAAACUGAAGAAGUGCUUGAUAGUGAGACAACUACGCCGCUUUAUGCAACAACAGGCACUCGGCCUGUGGAAAUAGUUCAAACCUCAAGUGAUGAAAGUGGAAUCAAGGACAACACUGAGGUUGGGAAUGCUGGAGAUAAAGCUGAAGGCCAAGGUACACCAGAGAGUAAGGAUUCUGAAGGAGGUGAUUCCCUAGAAAAUGCUAAGUGUUGGAAUUUAGGCGUUGAGUCGAUUACAAGCAAAAAAAUUUGCCCGCGAAAAGGGAAGGGAUGAAAUAAAAUGGAAUUUGCAUGCAAGUCAUGGAGAAAGAAAAAUUGAAGAAAAAAGAGAUAUGAAUGCAACAAGAUUUUGGAUAUACAUAAUAUUGGGGUAGAAAAUUAUGAAAGGAGUUUAGGACGAAGAUAUCAAGUCUUAAAUGAAGUAGAAUUGAAUUUGAAGAAAAAAGCCGAAAAUGUGAGGUAUGGACAGAAUUUUUUAGAUGGAAAUAAUUGGAGUUGAAGGGGAAGAAAAAAGAAGAAGAAUUUGGAAAAUAUUGGUCCUCUAGAGGGCGAUAACCGUUAA